UGGAGCUCGCCUUCAUGCAUUCAGUCAGGGUCUGAUUCGUAUGCCAGAUAUCUAGCAUGGCCCCCUGGGAGGGUCUUCUUCUGGAAUCGUACGCUGACUUUACCGUUGGGGGCUCCUUUCAGAACUCAAAAUGCCAAAGAUCUACAAGCCGGGGAAAGUCGCCGUCGUGCUGCAAGGCCGUCAGGCUGGCAAGAAGGUUGUCGUGAUCAAGCAGUACGAUGAGGGCACCAAGGAGCGACCAUACCCGCACGUUCUCGUCGCCGGUGUCGAGCGCUACCCGUUGAAGGUGAACAAGUCUAUGGGCGCCAAGAAACUGGCGAAGCGCAGCAAGGUCAAGCCUUUCAUCAAGGCGAUCAACUGCAGCCACCUGAUGCCGACCCGCUACGCACUCGAGCUCGACAGUCUCAAGGGCAUUGUCAGCGUCGACACGUUCAAGGAGCCGACCAAGAGGGAGGAUGCAAAGAAGGGCAUCAAGAAGCUCUUCGAGGAGCGAUACCAGAGCGGGAAGAACCGUUGGUUCUUCACUCCCCUCCGCUUUUAAGCGCUUUCUUGCGCCUAUGACUUACUAGCAGCACCCUCCAUCGCCAACCAGCCGGCACGAAAAUCGAUGUGGUCAUCGCACCACCCUUCGACGACUAUGGCAUCCGCUUCUUUCACUUGUAUGAUAUGAUGCACUCAUUGCAGCAACACCCUAAAGCCUACAACAGGACCUAUGUGCUGCAGUCCCUGUGCAUGUGCGCGCGCUUGAGCACCGCAAGUGUGAGCAUUACCGCGACUGCUGCCUGU